AUUAAAACCCUAAUUCAUUUAAAAAAAGAAAAAGAGAAAUCCUAAUUCAGUCUAAAAAAUUAAAACCCUGAUUCCCUUGAAAUAAACCAUUAAAACCCUAAAAAACAAUACCGAGCAGCUACAUCAAAAAUCCAAUCAAAGCUUCACAACACAACUUCGAUUCAUUGGCCGGAAACCUCACCCGAACUUCCUCGCCGGCCGCCACUAACAGUCUGUUGGUAACUUGUUCAUUGUUUGAACUUUGAAGGUUAAUUGAGAUGGUGAAGGACAAGUUAAAGGAACCUGUUCUUACUGCUUUUACAUCUAAUGGUGACUCUGUGGCCAUUCUGUCGGCAAAUGGGACCGCCAAAAUUUGGAAUACAAACAGUGGAGAUUUGUUAGCUGAGUGGAAGCCAUCAGAUGGUGAUCAUGAUACUCAUUACUCUUGUAUUGCAUGCAGUUUCACUGGGAAAAAGCGUAGAAAAGAACAAGGAACUUUCUUAUUAGCUCUCGGCACCGAUGAUGGAUCCGUUCUUGCUGUUGAUGUUUCCACUGGUGAGAGGAAGUGGCCCACUAUUCAUCCCAUUCCCAGUGGGAUCUGUGGACUUUCAUUUGCAAAUAAAGGGAAGCUUCUUUGCAUUGUUGGACAUGAUGGGAUGGCAUAUGAACUUAGUACUGAAACCGGAGAGCGUUUAAAGGAGUUUAGAAUCUCAAAAAAAUCUAUCUCUUCACUGGCUUUCUCACAUGAUGAAAAAUAUUUAGCUAUUUUCAGCUCUAAACUACAGGUUAUUAGCUGGGAAACUGGGAAAGAGGUUCUGAAGUUCCCUAAUGAUUUGGGAAAUGUACAGCGGGUUUCUAUAUCUGACAAUGCAAAAUAUUUAAUUACAUCAGACUCUAACGAUAAACAUGUUCAAGUUUGGAGGUGUGACUUAAAUUCAGGAACUGUGAGUAGUGGUCCAACACUUCCCUUGAGGCAUGCUCCAUUGGUUCUUGAUUGCCACCUCGGUUGCAAUGAAGAAGAUGAUUUAGCUGUCUUGGCCGUUACGGGUUCAGGGGCAACUUACAUAUGGCAGAAUUUGAAUGUCUCUUCUGAAGAUCAGAUACGCCGAACCAAAAUUACCUUAAAAACAGAAAAACUUGAAAGUGAUAAGGAAAACAGUGAAAGUUCAAAGAAAAGAUGUACUUCAAUAAUUGCAUCCAGAUUUCAGUCCACAGUGGAGGACAAACAGAUGAAAGCCUUGGUGUCUUAUGGCUCUGUAGAUCAUCCACAAUUUACUGUCUUAAAUAUUAGCGAAUUAGGGGAGAAUGUGGUAUUACAUGUGGGAGUUGAGUCUGAUUCCGUUCAGAAGCAGGCCAGUCCUUCCAAGAAAGCAGUAGCAAAGGAAAGCAAAAAGACUAAGAAAAGACAAGCAACUUCUGAUCCUGAUUCUGAUCUUCCAACCACAACUGACAAGGUGGAUUUCGAUCAAAGCGAGGCUGCAGAAGGAGACCUUCUUGAUGAUGAUCCGAGUGAGCCAACAAUGGGAGACAAACUUGCUAGUCUCAAUUUGCUCGAUGAAAACAAAUCCACGAGUAACAAAGAGCAAGAAUCUUCUGUCUCAUUGAACCCCCCAAGUGCAGACAGUGUAAUUGUUUUGCUUAAGCAAGCAUUAAAUGCUGAUGACCGUGCCCUUCUGCUGGAUUGCUUGUAUACGCAAGAUGAGAAGGUUAUUAAGAAGUCAGUCGCGCAGUUGAACCCAUCCAACGUCCUUAAACUUCUCAAUUCUCUUGUAUCCAUUAUUGAAUCUAGGGGUGCAAUUUUGGCAUGUGCUCUUCCCUGGCUGAAGUGUUUACUUUUACAGCAUGCAAGUGAAAUAAUGUCCCAGGAAUCUUCAUUAAAAGUUUUGAACUCUUUGUAUCAACUGAUUGAUUCUAGAGUCUCCACUUUUAAAUCUGCCAUCAAACUCUCAAGUUGCUUAGACGUCGUUUACUCAGCGGUUCUUGGUGAGGACAUAGAUGAAGUUGAAACAGUGCCAAUUAUCUAUGUGGACACGGAUGAUAGUGAAGAAGAAGAAUCUGAGGAUGCCAUGGAAACUGACAAAGAUAGCAAAGAUGGAGAACAAUCAGAUGAAGCAGUUGAUAAUCUGAGUGACAUUGAAGGUAGUGAUGAUGGUAUGAUGGAAGAUUAAUGCUGUCACGUGCACGCGUUGUUGGUUCAUGUCAAAAAUUUCCAUAAGAUUAUCUCCUAGCUAAUAGCAGUUGAUGAUACCAUUUUUGAAUUGAGUGGCAGAGAUUGAUAUUUAAUGUAUUAAUUGUAGUAUCUUAGAAACACAAUAUACAUUUGCUUGUCCACAAAGCAUAAAAGUUUUGAGAAAUUGAUACUAGUGUACUUUACACAGUCAAUCAAGCAUUAGAACUUCUUAAGCCUCUAUAAGGUGAUCGAUAUGAUGCGAAAAUAGGAGGACUGGUUGAGUGUAAACAUGAUCAUGGAAUUCAUUUUUCAAUUUUUACUUACUA